AUGAACAAUCUACUCAAGGUCACGGUACCCAAGGACCAUGCGACGCCAUCAAAGACGCAAAUGCCGAAAGCCCCCAAACCCAUGAAGCACUCCUCUAGUCAUACCAACAUCUUGAAGCAAGAAUCUAGCCCUGAACUGUCAGACAUUGUUUAUUCCUCGCCCAUGGUCAUUUCAUCUGAUUCCUUUAAGGAACUUCCCCACUUCGUCCAAGCUGAGUGGACUACCUGCUUCCUUCCAACUCUCUAUCACUGCCUCUUUGCAUCAGAGGACCCCUUUAGUCUUUUUUCCAAGGGCCCCAAUCUUGUCAACACCAUUCAAAAGGUUUUGAAUCUCAUUUUUCCCGGUCAUAACUACAAAGUUGUGUGGGGCAGCAAGCUCUGCCAAUUGCGCUCAAUCAUCGACAGGAACAGCAUCAAGGUCAUCAAAACAUUCUUCGCACAAGCAGAGUAUGACCGCAACCCCACAGCGAUCGGCCAGUACGUCAAGUGGGCAACUAGGGAGGAUGGGCCGGCGUUGUGGGAAGGACCAUCACCUCCACAGUACACCGAGGACGAUCCUGGUUAUAAGCCUCCACAUGGCUUGUUUCAAUCAAAGUUCAUUAUUGACGUUGCCACCCCCCUUGUUCAAUAUCUUAACACAUCGCUGGGCACUUUUGGUUGCCCGAAGGCCCUUUUCGCGCUCAUGGCAGCAGCAGUUGAAUGUGCAUUCUUGUCCUUUUCAACUGGGGUGUUUGUCAAACCGCCAGGGGACUUCUCACAAGAACACGUUGGUCACCUUGUCGCUGACUACAUGGCUAACUUUGAGUCAUUCACAUGUGGUUAUGUGAUAGAGUCUCAAAAGCUCAAGAAGGUUAAUCCCAGCACAUCUUCCCUCCAGAAGAGCUGCUGA